GCAGGAGGGCGACGGAGCGGAGCGGAGCUGAGCCGAGAGGAGAGCAGAGUUCACCGAGUACAUGAGACGGCGUCUCCCGGUGUCGGAAAUUAUCAGCCAGCAUUUCGGAAUUUACACUUUGCAUCCGGAUAAGUGGAGCCACUGGCUGCAGCUUAGCUGAAGAUGUCUGAUAAUGGGGAGGUCGAGGACAAGCCCCCAGCUCCGCCCAUGAGGAAUACCAGCACCAUGAUUGGCUCCUGCAGCAAGGACCCCACCCCCCUCAACCAUGGCUCCAAGCCCCUCCCGCCAAAUCCGGAGGACAAGAAGAAGAAAGAUCGUUCGAUCCGGUUCAUCCUGACCGGAGGAGGCGAUAAGACCUAUAAGAAAAAGGAGCGUCCAGAGAUUUCUCUGCCGUCUGAUUUUGAACACACCAUCCAUGUCGGCUUCGAUGCUGUCACCGGGGAGUUCACUGGCAUGCCCGAGCAGUGGGCCCGGCUGCUGCAGACAUCCAACAUCACCAAGCUGGAGCAGAAGAAGAAUCCUCAGGCCGUCCUCGAUGUCUUAAAGUUCUACGACUCAAAGGAAACGGCCAACAGCCAGAAAUACAUGAGCUUCACAGAUAAAAAUGCAGAUGCCUACAGCUCCUCCACCACGACGAGCGCCAAGGCCGUGUCGGAGACGCCUGCCAUAGCAACCGUAUCAGAGGACGAGGAUGAAGACGAGGCCGAGCCACCGCCAGUGAUCGCCCCCCGGCCCGAACACACCAAAUCAAUAUACACUCGCUCAGUGAUCGAGCCCCUCCCUCCUCCUCCGACCAAAGAUGCCGCGACCUCGCCCAUCUCCGCGCCGACCGCUGCAGCAGCCGCCGUCACCCCCGCCCCUCCUUCAGAAGGAGCUCCCAGCAGCCCUCUCAGUGCAAGCCCCGCCCCCGGGCCCUCCCUUCCCCGCCCCCAGGACAAAACCAGGAAGAAGAAGAUGUCGGACGAGGAGAUCCUGGAGAAACUACGGACGAUUGUUAGUGUCGGAGACCCCAAGAAGAAAUAUACUCGCUUUGAGAAGAUCGGACAGGGGGCGUCUGGGACGGUGUACACAGCUAUAGACAUCGCUACAGGACAGGAGGUCGCCAUAAAACAGAUGAACCUGCAGCAGCAGCCGAAGAAAGAACUGAUUAUCAAUGAGAUUCUGGUGAUGAGGGAAAAUAAAAACCCAAACAUAGUCAACUACCUGGACAGUUACCUGGUGGGUGACGAGCUGUGGGUGGUGAUGGAGUACCUGGCCGGAGGUUCGUUGACUGAUGUCGUCACGGAAACCUGCAUGGAUGAAGCCCAGAUAGCUGCAGUGUGCAGAGAGUGUCUCCAGGCGUUGGAGUUCCUCCACUCGAACCAGGUCAUCCAUAGAGACAUCAAGAGCGACAACAUCCUGCUGGGCAUGGAUGGCUCUGUCAAACUCACCGACUUUGGGUUCUGCGCUCAGAUCACUCCGGAGCAGAGUAAACGCAGCACCAUGGUGGGGACUCCGUACUGGAUGGCUCCGGAGGUCGUGACCCGUAAAGCCUACGGUCCCAAAGUGGACAUCUGGUCCCUGGGCAUCAUGGCCAUAGAGAUGGUGGAGGGGGAACCACCGUACCUGAAUGAAAACCCACUCCGGGCGCUGUAUCUCAUAGCAACCAACGGGACGCCGGAGCUGCAGAACCCGGAGAAACUGUCAACGAUAUUCAGAGACUUCCUGAACCGAUGUCUGGAGAUGGACGUGGAGAAGAGAGGGUCGGCUAAAGAUCUACUGCAGCAUCAGUUUCUGAAGAUGGCAAAGCCUCUCUCCAGCCUGACUCCUCUGAUUCUGGCGGCCAAGGAGGCUGCCAAGAACAACCGCUAGCUAGCCUUGCACUCAUUAUUUAGUCUGUCCUUCUCUCUCUCCACCAUCCCUCGUUCUUCUCUCUUCUUUCCCCUUCUUUUCUUUUUCUGGGAGAUGGUGAUGGCUGCUGGCUGGAUUACAUAACCAGU